AUGAAAUUUCUCCUUCUUGCCGCUCUUUUGUUGGUGUCCGUCAACGCAAAAGAAGAUAAAAGUGUCAAAGAUUUGGCAAACGGUUUUCCUAGUGCUAUUGAAUGGGUCGAGUACGACAAAGCUGUUGGUAUUGCGAAAGACCUGAAUAAACCAAUCUUCUUCCUCAUUCACAAAACAUGGUGCGGCGCUUGCAAAUCCUUGAAAAGAGAACUUCAAGGAUCACCAAAGACCGAUGAGCUGAUUCUCCUCUCAAGAAAAUUUGUUAUGGUUAAUGUGGAAGAUGACGAUGAGCCGGAGGAUCCCAAGUUCGCCCCGGAUGGUGGAUACAUUCCAAGAAUUUUGUUCCUAGAUACUGAUGGAAACCCAUUGAAGACUAACAACCAACAAAAAUACAAAAAUAACAAAUACUUCUAUCCAUUAACUGCCCAAAUCAUUGAUGGAAUGGAAAGAGCUCUUCUUGAGUUUGGAGCUGAUGACACUGAAACCACAAAGAAGGGAGAUGACAAGAAGGUUGAGAAGAAGAAGGAGGAAAAUAAGAAAGCUGAGAAGAAGGAGGAAACUAAGAAGGCAGAGAAGAAGGAUGAAAAGAAGAAGAGCGAGAAGAAGAAAGACGACAAGAAGAAGGACGAGAAAAAGAAGGACGAGAAGAAGAAGGAUAACAAGAAAAACGAAGAUAAGAAGAAGGACGACAAGAAAAAGAAGGAUGACAAAAAGAAGAAGGACGAUAAGAAGGUUGAGAAAAAACAGAAGAAGAACGUCGAGUUGUAA